AUGAUUGCACGUGACCCUCCCCAGGAGGGUCGACUCCCCGACCCGUCUCGCCUCCCGUACGAUGACGAGCGGUUUGCUGAGAUGCUGCUCGAGAUGGAGGUGAAUGGCGUCAUUGACGAAACGUGGCAGGACGCCAAAAAGGCGCGAAUGGAGGACGUGAAGGAGAUUGCCAACAUUUUGUCGUCGCUGAAGGUGCGGGAUCUCUGCUGCGUCGAUGUCUCCGAGAAGACUUCCAACUUUGACUACAUGAUGUUCGGCACGUGCGAGGGGGCGCGGCACAUUCACUUGGCUGCCUGGGCCGUGCAGGACGCAGACAAGGUGCAUCGCAUUUCGAAGAUCAAGCGCCAGCAGACGGACGAGUUGUGGGAGGUUGUGCCGGUUGGCCGUAUCGUGGUGAACCUAAUGGUGGAGAGUUUCCGUGAAGAGAUGACGCUGGAGCGCAAGUGGGCGGUGACACGCUCCAUGGACCCGUUGGCGGCCGCAAAUGCCCCGAUCAGCGAGGGGCGACAGGUGAAGGCGCACGGACUGUGGACACUCACGCUGAACUUGCAGGACCUCGAAGACUUUGAAGUGGACUACUGCAAGGACAUCCUCAUGCGGCAGAUGUAA